CGCCGAGAAGCGUACACAUAGCAGUGCGACAAGUAUAAGUGCGAAGGCGUUGUUUGCUCAUUGCCAACGGUCAACCUAGUCGUUGCUACGGAGCUAUGGGAGCAGCAAAAUAGAUUCUAUAAAAUUAUUUCUUCAAUACUAACUUCUCCGAACGUCGUCCAACCAAUCAUCCAAUAUAGUUUUUCAGCCGCUUUUGUGUGUGUGGAAUCUACCAGGAAUCUAAGCUAAGCCAAACACACACAAACUCUUCUUGGAAAAACAAUGGAUUUCACGAAGGCUCUGGGGCUACCACAGCCGGCUGGCUUUCAGUACCUACGCGAUGGGCGCAACAUCAGUCUGGCCGAUAGUGUUCCUGCAGACAUUUACCACAUGGUCGAUCCCUACUGGUAUAAAUGGCAACCGAUGGAGCAGAUUUGGUUUCAGAUCAUUGGCUUUAUCAUCACCGUUCUGGGUGUAAUGUCGUUGUCGGGCAAUUUCAUUGUCAUGUAUAUAUUCACUUCGACACGUUCGCUACGUACACCAUCAAAUAUUUUUGUGGUUAAUUUAGCCUUUUCCGAUUUUAUGAUGAUGUUCACUAUGUUUCCGCCAGUGGUGUUAAAUGGUUUCUACGGUACUUGGAUUAUGGGACCAUUUCUUUGCGAAUUAUACGGUCUGGCCGGUUCGCUUUUUGGUUGUGUGUCCAUUUGGUCAAUGACGUUGAUUGCAUAUGAUCGCUACUGCGUGAUUGUGAAGGGUCUGUCUCGCAAACCACUCACUACGACUGUGGCUGUUGUACGCUUAAUUUUUGUAUGGUGCAUUUGCGGCACCUGGGCCAUACUGCCGAUGGUCGGCUGGAAUCGUUAUGUACCUGAGGGUAAUAUGACCGCAUGCGGUACAGACUACUUUGCUAAGGACUGGUUUAAUCGUUCGUACAUCAUUGUGUACUCAUUAUGGGUAUAUGCUACGCCAUUGACGACUAUUAUCUUUUCAUAUUACCACAUCAUGAAAGCUGUCUGGGCUCACGAGAAAGCUAUGCGUGAUCAGGCUAAGAAAAUGAAUGUCGCCUCAUUGCGUAAUAGCGAAGCAGAUAAAGGCAAAUCGAUUGAAAUUAAAUUGGCUAAAGUAGCAUUGGUGACAAUAUCGUUGUGGUUCCUCGCCUGGACCCCAUAUACGAUAAUCAACUAUGCGGGUAUUUUCGGUUCGAUGAAUCUUUCACCGCUGAGCACAAUUUGUGGUUCGGUAUUUGCGAAAGCAAAUUCAGUCUGCAAUCCAAUAGUUUAUGGUCUCAGUCACCCUAAAUAUCGACAAGUAUUGCGCGAGAAAAUCCCUUGUCUCGCCUGCGGCAAAGACGACAUGGCCUCCGAAGUACGCACGCAAGCGACGGCGGAAAUCAGCGAAUCGGCUGCAUAAGUAUGUGGCCCAGAUAUGGAACCGAAAGUACAAUAAUCAUAAAAACGACAGCAUACAGCAACCGGAACGCGAUUCUGAUGCUUGGCUAUAUGUGCUCCUACGGUGGGUUAACAUUUAAUUAAACAACUUGAAACGACGAUACUUAAGGGGCGUAUUAUAAAACAUCAAUCUACAACGAGACAAAAGAAAAACGAAAAAAAAAACCAAAAAAAAAAUCGAAAAACGACAAGCAACGGUUUAGCAGAAGAGAGUUGUGAAGUACCAAGUGAAAGAAAUGUGCAGUUUUUUUAUGGUGUAAGCUUAAACAUUGUAUCGUUCAUGUCCAUGACCACUUCUCUUUAUCUGCUGAAAAGUACUCAAGUAAUUCCUCUCUCUCACUUCAAUGUUUUCUUUAUUCUAACAAUAAUUUUAGGAAUCUUUGAUUUUUCCCCAGUUUUCGGAUUAUCAGUCUAGCUUAUUAUAUUUAUCAAAAUAUUUAAAGGAACUGCAACUUAAAAACCAUAAAAAAAUACGAAAAUAAAUGCAAUUGAUACAAAAUCAGAAAACAAAA